AUGGCGACUGUAACGGAGCAGGUCGGCGAGGUGCUCCUCGGCACCUCCGAUGCGCCGCAAUUGUCCUCCAUCAUGCGCCAGACCUUCUUCCGACACGCCAAGAAGGAUGAGAAGGAUGAAUACGUCUUGGAGGAGAAGGAUUUCAUCGACGCGGUCGCGCCCGAAAGCGAGGAUUAUCACAAAAUCAAGCGCUACCAAUAUGGCAUCCUCUUCUACGUCGCAGAUCGCGAGCAGAAGGGCAAGGUGACCCUCCAGGACUGGGCUGUCUUCCAGAACCUGCUUGCGAAGCCAGAUGCCGAGUACGAAGUCAUCUUCCGCUUCUUCGACCGCGAUCGCUCUGGAUACAUUGACUUUGAGGAAUUCUACGGGACAUGGCAGGCGCACAAGGGCGAGGACAGCCUGCCGUUCAACUGGAGCGGAGACUGGGCGACGCUUUACAUCGGCUCGAAGAACAAGCGGCAUAUCAUGACCUAUCCUCAAUUCGCGCAAAUGCUCCGCGGACUGCAGGGAGAGCGCGUUCGACAGGCGUUCGUGCAUUUCGACCGCAACAAGGAUGGAUUCAUCGAGCCUGAAGAGUUUCAGCGCAUCAUCCGCGAGACCGCUGCCCACAAGCUGUCUGACUACCUUCUCGACAACCUCCCCACCCUUUGCAAUAUCGCGACUGGCAGCAAAAUUUCUUAUGCCAACGUGCGCGCAUUCCAGAACAUCAUCCAGCAGAUGGACAUGGUCGAGCUGAUCAUCCGGAACGCAACGAUCAAGAGCACCGACGGCAAGAUUACCCGCACAGAUUUUCUCAACGAAGCCUCCAGAAUCAGUCGCUUCAACCUGUACACGCCAAUGGAGGCAGACAUUCUUUUCCAUUUUGCGGGCUUGGAUGAGCCGUCAGGGCGACUAGGCCUGCGUGACUUCGCUCGCGUCCUGGACCCUUCGUGGCACACGGCGUAUACACUCGGAACCGACGCGAUUGCGGAUGCCGGCCAGAAAGCUUUCGCCGGCACGAAGACUCUUCUGCACGAUGUUUUGGAAUCGGUGCAUCAUUUCGCGCUCGGUUCGCUUGCGGGAGCGUUCGGUGCCUUCAUGGUGUACCCGAUCGAUCUCGUCAAGACGCGCAUGCAGAACCAGAGAAGCUCGGGCGUCGGCCAUGUUCUUUACAAGAACUCGCUCGACUGUGCGAAGAAGGUCAUACGGAACGAGGGUUUCAAAGGCCUGUACUCUGGUGUUUUGCCACAGCUCGUUGGUGUGGCGCCGGAGAAGGCCAUCAAGCUGACGGUGAACGACUUGGUGCGCGGAAAAUUCACAGACAAGGCCACAGGCAACAUCUGGUGGGGUUGGGAACUUAUGGCUGGUGGUUCAGCAGGUGCCUGCCAAGUGGUCUUCACGAACCCUCUUGAGAUUGUCAAGAUUAGAUUGCAAGUGCAGGGAGAAUUGGCAAAGUCUGCAGACGUGCCGAGGCGAUCAGCCAUGUGGAUUGUGCGCAACUUGGGUCUCGUCGGCUUGUACAAGGGUGCUAGCGCCUGUCUGCUGCGCGAUGUACCCUUCUCGGCGAUCUAUUUCCCCGCAUAUAGCCAUCUGAAGAGGGACUUCUUCGGCGAGAGCCCGCAAAGGUCGCUCGGCGUGUUGCAGAUGCUUACCGCGGGUGCGAUCGCGGGUAUGCCUGCAGCAUACCUCACAACACCGUGCGACGUCAUCAAGACCAGACUGCAGGUGGAAGCGCGAAAGGGCGAGCUUUCCUACACAGGCCUCCGGCACGCGGCUACAACCAUCUACCAACAGGAGGGCUUCAAGGCCUUCUUCAAGGGUGGCCCGGCCCGUAUUAUGCGAUCAUCUCCCCAGUUCGGCUUCACCCUUGCUGGCUACGAGGUGCUGCAGCGCUCGUUCCCCAUGCCAGGCUCCCACGCAAGCGAAGGGCCCAGCGGCCACGUCGAGCCCGGCGUCGGGCUUGCAGAAGCGAAGGCUCCGUUGCCGUACCUGCGCAGUCGCAACGCGCUCAAGGUGAUCCUCGACCUGGACGAGAACUUUGGGCGGCCCCGGUUGCCCAAGGGCCAGAAGUUCCCGGGCAUACCUGGAUUCGGCGGCAAGACGCAAGAGUCGUGA